AUGGGCAUCGUGCUGGGCGGCAUUGUGGCAGUGAGCUUCUCGUACCCCUUCUGGUUGCUGCUGUCCAACAGCAGCGGGAGCGACAGCGGACGCAUUGAUCCGACCAAGGGCAAGCUCGCCGGACAGGCCAAGAUCCGUGGUGCUUUCCUCAACACGGGUAGCAAAGAUGUCGGCCCCGAUCCCAACGCCACCACCUACCUGCCCACCAAGGAGAAGAACGAGAGGUGA